UUGACACCAGAUCGAGGACCACUAGAAUACAGUAUGGAGUAGCGUACUCGUGCCAUCCUAUGCGUUGAACUUGUUCGCCUCGCCAUCUCAUCUGCCCAUCCGUGAUUUUCCAUCGACCGGCCAGGCCUUAGCUACCUUCUCUAUAAAGCGUCUCCCAAAAUCACACCAGAACCCCCACACAUAUCUGAAACCCAGUCAUCUUCCUUUUGCUCCCCUGCUCCCCGACCAUGGCGGCGCUGCUGGACGAGUUCGCGUCCAAGCUUGUGGGCAUCCUGGCAGGCAUGGUGAAGGAGGAGGUGGAGAUGCUCCUCGGCGUGCCGGGCGAGGUCACCAAGCUCGAGACCACGCUCCGUGACCUGAGCCACAUCUUGGGUGAUGCGGAGAGGAAGCGCAUCCGCGACAAGGCUACGGAGGGUUGGGUGAGGGAGCUCAAGGACGUCAUGUACGACGCCGACGACGUCCUUGACCUCUGCCAGCUCAUGGACGGCGGAGAAGAAGAUCCUCCCGCACCAACAUCUGCUCCGAAAACCACCUCAAGGUUCUGGGACAUCCCCAAGAUGUUCUUUUGCUUCCGCAACCCUGUUGUGGCACAUGAGAUCGGAACGAAGAUCCAAGCGAUCAACCAGCGACUGGAAGACCUGGCAAAGAGGAGCUCCCGUUUCAUAUCCAUCACCCAAGCCAUCCAUGCCUCAGCUGAUUCAAUCAACAAAGCUUCCAAUUCUUUGUCCGACGAAACUGGAUCGGUUUUUAUCCGGUCUGAUGUUGUCGGCGAGAAGAUUGAGGAUGACACGAAGAAAAUUGUUGAUCUACUCAUCAAGAAGGUGGAUGCUCCUGCAGGAUCAAGGGCCAAUAAUGAUGUGGUUGUUGCUGCUGCUAUCACAGGCAUAGGUGGGAUCGGCAAAACCACUCUGGCUAAGAUGGUCUUCGCUGAUAGUAGGGUGGGGGAAAACUUCGAGGAAAGGAUCUGGUUGAGCGUUAACCGUGAGUUCGAUGAGAUCAAUGUCCUACAAAGUCUUAUAGCUUCUUUUGGUGCCAAACAUGAAGGUUGUGCGGGAAACAAGGACCUACUUCAGCGUGCCCUGAAUGAUACGAUCCGGCAAAAGAAGAAGUUUUUGUUGGUGAUGGAUGAUGUGUGGAAUGAAAAUGUGUGGUAUGCGCUGCUUAGAGAGCCGCUCAGUCAUGGUGCUAAUGCUUCUGGCAGUCGAGUUUUGGUGACCACAAGAAAUGAUGGAAUUGCUCAUGGGAUGAAAGCUCAACAUCUCCAUCGAGUUGACAAGCUAACCACGGAAGAUGCUUGGAUUUUGCUAAAGAACCAGGUAGUUUUGAAUGAGACUGAUGAAGCCGAUGUCGAUGAAUUGAAGAGUAUUGGGAUGGAAAUUGUUAAAAGAUGUGACUGCUUGCCGUUAGCAGUUAAGAUCCUUGGAGGACUCUUGCGCCGCAAAAGUAGAACAAGACAUGACUGGAUGGAUGUCAGUAGUCACGACACUUGGUCAACAACAGGAAUCGACGAAGAUAUUAAUAAAGCGGUCUAUUUGAGUUAUGAAGACUUGCCCUCACACUUGAAGCAAUGUUUUGUGUAUUGUUCACUAAUCCCUAAAGAUAAAUUAAUAAUUAGAGAAGCAAUAGUCCAGCAUUGGAUAGCAGCAGGUCAUGUACACAACAAGAUGAGCUAUAAGGCACCAGAAAAGUUGGGGGAAGAAUACUACAAUGAAUUGGUUUCAAGAAAUCUUCUAGAACCAGACAAAAGUUACUAUGGUAUACAAGCAUGCAGCAUGCACGAUGUUGUCCGUUCCUUCGCUCAGUAUAUAAUUAAAGAUGAAGGGAUACUUAUUAGUGAUGGGCUGGAUGCCAAUAGAACUCUUAGCACUGCAAAGCUUCGGCACCUAUCUAUCUCAAACAAGGCAGUAGGGCAUGGCACUUUGCAAAAACAAGCCUUGCUUAGAACAUUAAUGUUAUUCGGAAGCAGCACCACUGUUGAGCUGAAGAAUCUGUUGAACAAUACUUCUUGCCUCAGAGUACUACAUCUAGUAGAUGUAGAUCCAGUUGAGCUUCCAGACUCCAUAUGCCACCUCAAACAUUUGAGACACUUGUGUAUUGAUAACGCAAGCAUAUCCACGAUACCACGAGAUAUAGGUAACCUAAAAUUUCUUCAAGCCCUUGAACUUGCAAAGUGUACAAAUGUUUCUCAACUUCCUACCAGCAUUUUGAAGCUACGGAAACUAAGGUCACUCGACUUGAGCGACACGGCAAUCACUUCAAUUCCUCGUGGCUUGGGAAAACUAGAAGAUUUGGUCAGAAUAAGGGGGUUUCCGACACAUUAUUCAGAUGAGGGCACGGGUGGCUGGUGCAGCUUAGAAGAACUCAGACCUCUGUCGAAGCUCCAAAGCCUUGAAAUAAGUUGUCUGGAGAAGGCAUCAUCCGGUUCUAUGGCUGCUAAAGCAAACCUUAGCAGUAAACAUCACUUGACAAACUUAAACUUGAUAUUUACCAGCAGGCUAGGAGACAAUGGAGAGGUCGAAGGCAACAUUAGCGAGGAGGAACACAGGAGAACAGAGGACAUCCUGGAUAAUCUGUGUCCUCCACCUUGCAUGGAACUACUUGAUAUCAUUGGCUACUUUGCACGCGGGCUACCGCAGUGGAUGAGAACCAUGUCAGCCUUUGGGAGCUUAAGGCGGUUAGCACUAGAUGACUACGCUUGCUGCGCGCAACUUCCUAAUGGAUUGGGGCAGCUCCCCUUUCUUGAUUAUUUUGUGGUCGACCGUGCUCCGUCUGUUCAGUGCGUUGGGCAUGAUUUCCUCUUCCCCUCCUUGGGUGGUCAAGCCGAUGGCAAAGUAACACGGAACAAUAAGAGGCAGCCUCAUCAUACUUCGCGUGGUGCUGGUGUUGCAUUUCCCAAGCUGACAGAAGUGGGUUUUGUAGGCAUGCUGGGAUGGACAGAGUGGGAGUGGGAGCAGCACGUCCCAGCGAUGCCUGCACUAGAGGAGCUUACAAUCAGAAACUGUAAACUGCAACGUCUUCCUGCAGGGCUUGCACAGCAUGCAUGCCGGUUGAGAGAGUUGGACCUAAGAAACAUCCAGCUCCUGGUCUCCGUGGAGAACUUCCCUUCAGUAGUGAAGCUUUGGUCAUAUGACAACCCAAGGCUUGAAAGGAUCAGCAACAACCCAAGCUUGCAAUGGAUUGACAUUAGAAAUUGCCGAGCACUAGAGGAAUUGGAUGGUUUGCCAUCCCUUCGAAGCCUCGUGUGGCAGGAUGAGGACGCUCAAUCACUCCCAGAAUACCUGCGAGAGGCAAAGCCAAAGAAAUUGUAUGUAGAUUGCAACCGAAGAUUGGUCAAACUUUUUUUUUGAAGGUAAACAGGGGGGGUACUGUAAUUUAUCGAAGCUUGCUCAAACUAAUAGCAC